AUGGGAAAUGUGUACCUAUCGAGUAAUGCGGAUCCAAAGAAUUCAAAAGGCACAACGUUCUGGUUACUACAAGAGCGUAAAGAAUAUUUAUACUUUCAAUGGAUUCCAUUUCAAAGAGGAUAUUAUGGUGCUUUAUUUCUUGAACAAGAGGAUGAUGUUUCACGACAAAUGACAGAUGAUCUAGAAGAGGCAAUGUUAAUGACUGUUGCUCCAGCAUGUAAAAAUCAAAAGUACUCUCUAAGGCAAUCAGUAGGCUAUGCGAUAGCUGGUUAUUAUGAUAAAGAAUCAAGGGAACUAAAUUUUAAUCGAAUUUUCAGAUUGGGACGAAGUACAUUUGAAACAAACGAUGAUAAAUCUACCUCUUUAAUAUGGGAAAUUAAUGAUAAAAUUUGUUCAACAGAAGAUUUAAUAAUAAUAUUUAAAAAAGAUUCAACAGGAUUUCAUCGAAUGUAUAUUAUUUCUGCUAAUGAAAGAAAUUAUCAUUUUACAAAUGGAUUACAUGAUGAUGAACAUGUUAUUAUUACUACUUAUCAUGAACAUGCAUUCGGUUUAUCUGAAUUAGGUAAAUUUGUAAUAGAAAUAUAUUGA